UGUAUGUAUAUAUAUAUCUAAUUAAAUAUAUGCCUUAAUACUUCCAUGUCAUUUUAAUGUGGCAUACAAAAAUAUUAACGAUAAAUAGAAGAAAUGUCACUGAAAUAUGUGGCCUUCACAAAGUAGUACAUAUUUAACCUUGUACUUUAUGGUUCUAGACUUCAGUGGAUCUUGUCUCAAUUAUAAGACAGCAAGGUGUAUAUUGGUCCUGUCUUAAUAACAGUAAUGGACUAUAUAUAUAUAUAUAUAUAUAUAUAUAUAUAUAUAUAUAUAUAUAUAUAUAUGUUAUUCUUCAUGUUCCCCAGUGAAAACUAUUGAGUUACAAUAUCUAUAGUUUUGACAAAUACCAUAGAAUCUGAAUAUGACUUAAAUACCAUAUUUAGGGAACCUAGGUUGAUGAUAUUUCCAAAAUUCAUCCCAAGCUCCUUCACAGUAUUAAUAUUAUGUGCAAAUGUUUAUCCCAGUUUUAUUCAAGUGUACGUUGUUUAUCAUACUUCAACUAUCAAAUGCCAUUUCAAUGUUUCCGAUGUAUAUUAUUGUAUUUCUAUAGAAGGUUAGUUCUAAUCUGCAUUGUGGUCAGUCUGACUGACGAAGGGUGUUACUGAAAUAUAAUUAGCUGAAUGGAAUUUAAUUGUAAUUGCAAAAUCAUUUUACUAUUUUCUCCAAACCUUAUAAAAUGAACAUUAAAGUGUGUGGUGAUCUGUUAUUUAGAAAACUAGAAAUAAGCCAAGUUUAAUUACAUUUUCAUUAGUGUUUGUGCAUUUACAUAAUCUACUCUUCUUGAUCACAUGAAGUUCAUUAUGGGAGCGAGAACAGCAAUCCAUCUUUCCACCUUAAGAUAAUGAGAUUGUAAAUUAUGUAUACAAAAGAAAGUGUUUGUAACCCUGAGAAAUACAAGUCAACCAUAUUUUUUAAAUUAUACUUUAACUCGCAUUACCUUCAGAUGGAGAAUUCUGUGCAAGGUGCAGUAGUCAACAUCUCUCUCUUACUUUAAAUGGAAAGCAUAAACCUAAUCAUCUCCAUUCAAGACUGCUGUGAGCUAGAUCAGUGCUUCUUAAACUUUUUUCACCUAGGACCCUUUUUUUAUAUUUUAAAAUUUUCCACGAUCCCAUUAUCAUAAUAUAGUCCAUUACAAACCCCUUGUCAGACAGGAAACCAUGGCCGAGGUGGCAAGCCUACACACAAGUGAGGGGCUUAUUAGCAAAAAUAAGUAAAUUCAGCUUUUGUGGCCAUAGCUAGUCAUUAAAGCUCUCACCAUCUAACACAUGUACCUAACAUUUAGGUUUCUCCCCCGCAUGUGACAAUGAGCAACACCCACAUACUGUGUGUACUUAUCACACAAUUUUCCCUCUAAUUUUAGUGAGCAGUGUGAGCAAAAAGAAUUGGCCUUUGCAAUUUUUGGCAGAGCAGCGUGCACACAUUUUAGGAGGUACAGAAUUAGCUAUGCUCUUGAAAGCAAUAGCAAAAAAUAAAACAAGAGGGCGCCACAUGUGCGCAUCAAUCUAAUCACCGAUUUCAAACAAGCAGCAGCAGACACACACAAGGUACUCACAUCUCUGAUAAGCACCCAAAUGUGUUAAAUGGUGCUUGCUGGCUAUUCAUAUGUAUUCAUAUAUUUGGGGGUGUUGAUUCUCUCCCUAGGUGUCCGCACUUGCUUUUAUCAAUUGUAUUUUAUGUUUUUAAUAAAUUGUGUUAUUUAACCCUUUGAGUGCUAAGCACUUUCCCACCUGGGUGCUAAGAUUUUUUAAUGUUUUUUUAUUUUUUGAACAAUUUUUUUUCAGACCCCCAAGACUUACACUGUUGGAAAGGUUAGGCGAUUACCUGAGAUACAGGCUCUAAGCAGCAUGCCCCCUGCUCCUAUACUUAACAUUGUUAAGUAUAAAUAAAGUUGCUCGUGACGCCAUCACGCAAAACGGGAAGCCCCGGCGAUGCCUGUCACUCUACAGGCACGAUCGCCGUGGUAGGAGCUUGUGGGAGACCCCAGAUCUCCCUCAAGGUGGGAGAGUGCUCAUGACGUCGUUAGCACUCAAAGGGUUAACGAGUGCGCAUAUCGACACUUUAUUGAGCAUCAGCCGAUUGUUUGAGUUUAUUGUGAUCUGACCCUAAAUUGCAUCGGACAUUGCUGUUGCCUGGUCCAGUGAGCUAGCACUCUGUGAAUUGUCAGCACGCACCAUUUAAGUGCAUUUGGGUGCUUAUCUGAGAUGUGAGUACCCUGUGUGUGUCUCCUGCUGCAUGUUUUAAAUUGAUGAUUUGAUAGAAAUGCACAUAUGGUGCCUUCUUGUUGUUUUUUUUUUUUGCUAUUGCUUUUUAGAACUGCUUUUCUGUGAGUGGAAGGAGAAGAGCAGUAAAUACAUGCAGAAGAGUUCCUCUUUACAUCUGAGGACUAUUGCAGAACCUGUAUGGUGACAUUUAUUAUACAGACCUAUUAUUGGAUAUAUUUUGUUUCUUAUAUUUACUUUCUGUUGCCAUAUUAUAUUAUUUUGUUUUAUUUAACACUAGUACCCCCUAGCAAAUUUGUAUUGCACUGUGUUAAAAUUAGAUAUGUGCCUACCUCAUAUUAUGCAAAAUAUGGAAAAAAGUUACACACAAUCACACAUACACAUACCACAAAUACUUACACACACAUACAUACACUACUCAUACUUACACAAAUACUUACACAUACACACAUACUUACACAUAUACAUACACACAUACAUACACCACUCAUACUUACACGAAUACACACAUAUGCACACAUACACACACAUACAUCACUCAUACUUACAAAAAUACUUAUACACACACCACUCAUACUUACACACACAUACAUACACCACUAAUUCUUACACACACAUACACAUACAUACAUACACCACUCAUAAUUACACACACAUAUACACUCACAUAUACACACACCAUUCAUACUUACACACACACAUACAUACACCACUAAUUCUUACACACACAUACACACAACACUCAUACUUACACACACACAUACAUACACCGCUCAUACUUACACACACAUAUGCACUCACACAUACAGACAUCAUUCAUACUUACACACCACUCAUACUUACAAACACCACUUAUACUUUUUCACACACAUACAUACACCACUCAUACAUACACACACAUACAAACACCACUCAUACAUACACACACAUACAAACACCACUCAUACUUUUUCACACACAUACAUACACCACUCAUACUUACACACACAUACAAACACCACUCAUACUUUUUCACACACAUACAUACACCACUCAUACUUACACACACAUACAAACACCACUCAUACUUUUUCACACACAUACAUACACCACUCAUACAUACACACACAUACAAACACCACUCAUACUUUUUCACACACAUACAUACACCACUCAUACUUACACACACAUACAAACACCACUCAUACUUUUUCACACACACAUACAUACACCACUCAUACAUGCACCACUCAUACUUACACACAAAUACAAACACCACUCAUACUUUUUCACACACAUACAUGCACCACUCAUACUUACACAUACACACACCACUCAUAGUUACGCAAAUACUUGCACACACACAUACGCACUCACACAUACACACACCACUCAUACUUAAACACACACAUACAUACACACAGUCACGGUGGCCCAUUACAUUAAUAAAAUAAUUUUAGCUGCAUUCAUUUUCCUUUAUGAACAAGGUUGUGUGACAAGUUGAAGACAUUUAGCUAAAUAAAAUGUAUAUUUGAAGAACAAGCAGAGGUCAACAGCAACCUCCUAUUCCUUUCUGCAUAAUUACUUCACUGCUGUUGUUCGGUUAGUAAUUGCAACUUCCUACCAUUGCACAAUGCACUCCUGUCUCCCUGUGCACAGUACAGCAAUCUGCCAGGAACAAAUAACAGCUCAGUGGCUUAUUCUAUGGCCCAAUUACCACCUGGGAAUCUGAUCCCGACUAACAGGGUCAGUCCAGUCCCAAAAUACCAGGCAAUUCUCAUCUGCACAAGGGAAAUAGCAACCCUGAUGAUUGUUUUGGUGUCCUUUGGGCCUUGUCAGUGAAGUGCAGCCAUAUCCCUCUAGGCACAUUGGGCAAGGAGUCCACAUCCGGUUUCCCCAUCACCCUUAGGGAGACUUUCCCAAGGGUCAUAAUACAAAUACAUACAGAAAGAAAAACAAUCUGCCGGGAACGAACAACCGCUCAGUGGCUUGCUCUAUGGCCUGCUUACCACCUGGGAGUAGCCUCUUUUAGCCCAUUUGUGGUUUUCACAGAGGGGAAGUUUCCUGAAGUAUAAUAGUCAGAUCCCACCUAACACAAUGAGUCCAGUCCUAUUUAUCACUUUCACUCGAGCGUAAACCCGACAUGUGCUAACCAAAUAGAAUGACCGCGUUAACGUAUUCUCCCCCCUAGAAGUCAAUAGAGAUCUCUCUCUCUCUCUCUCUCUCUCUCUAUAUAUAUAUAUAUAUAUAUAUAUAUAUAUAUAUAUAUAUAUAUAUAUAUAUAUAUAUAUAUAUAUAUAAAUAUCUAUGCAUUUACAAUAAAAAUUACAUUAUACAAUAAAAUAUAUAAAUACAUCUGUACACACAUUUAUGCUUACAUACACAGUACUAUGCAAAAGUCUUAGGCCACCAUUAGAUUUGUUGUUUAAGCAAUGGUAUAAUGAUCAUAUAUAAGUAUUUCUCAGUCUCUUUAUUAGAAUACAACCAGAAAAUACAUGAUAUUUGUAUACAGUAUUAAAAAACAGAACAAAAUUAUAAAAAAACAGCUUCUAUAGGCUAAAGUGGCAAGUAUUUAGUAUGACCUCCCCUUACACUUGAGCAAUAGCAGGAUCCUGGCUCUCACAAACCUAAAUGGAAUGGAACCUAAUUAAUGUCAUUGCAAACACCUGUAUUUUUCCUAAUAUUUCAUGUCAAAAUUACUGCUGUAAUAAAAGGUCUAUUACACCAGGUUUGUGCAAGACAUGCUUGAACACUACAUACACAUGUGGUAUGAGCUUAACAGCGUUCAUUAACAUCAUUCCAUUCAAAAUGCCAAAGAGCACAGAAUUUGACAGACAUAAAAUCAUACUUUUGCAUCAGCAAGGCCACUCCCAAAGGGAAAUCAAGAAACAAACUGGAUAUUCAAGAUGUGGUAUUCAAGCUGUUAUAAAGAAAUUUGAAGAAUCAAGAGAGGUCAAGGACAAAAAAAAGACUGGAAGGCCAAGAACACUUUCAAAAUCUGACAAGAAGUUUCUCAGAGUUUCUUCUUUGAGAGACCAGAAGUACAGCUAGGACCUGGCUCAGCAUCUGGCAGCUUCAUCAGGAUGCCUACUGUCCGAAGAAGCUUGAUCAGGAAUGGUCUUUGUGGAAGGGUAGCAGCCAAAAAACUACUUUUUCAGAAGGGGAACAGGGUGAAAAGGCUAAGAUAUGCUAAAGCUCACAAAGAUUGUGAUAAUGAAGAUCAGUGGAAAAGAGUAUUAUGGAUUGACGUAUCCAAGUUUGACAUUUUUGGGUCCAAUCGUUGGCUAUAUGUGAGAAGAAGAGUUGAAGAAAGAUGGAAGACUGUUUGCUGCCUUCAGUGAAACAUGGUGGAUGGUCUGUCCUGGUUUGGGGCUGCAUUUCUGCCAGUAGUGUUGGCGAUAUUGUCUGAAUUGAUGGGAUCAAGAAUGCUGAAAAGUACAGACAGGUUUUAAUUCAUCAUGCCAUUCCUUCUGUAAAGCGCCUGAUUGGGAAUGGUUUUGUUUUUCUGCAUGAUAACGAUCCCAAGGACACUGCUAAUUGAGCGAAAUCAUAUUUGGAGAGAAAAACAGCUGAUAAAACACUGACAGUCAUGAACUGGACUCCACUGACUUCAGACCUUAAUAUUAUAGAGGUAGUAUGGGAUCACCUGGACAGAGAAAUGAAUAAAAUACAACCUAAACCUAAAAAAGAACUCUGGGAAGUGUUGAAAGAAGCCUGGUAUAAUAUUCCAGAAGAUUAUUUAAGAAAACUUCAGGACAGUCUUGCCAAAAGAGUUCAAGAUGUGCUUAGUGCUAAGGGAACUACACUAAACACUCACUUUGCCUGAAGAAGCCAUUUUGUUCUGAAACGUGUUCUUUUAUAUUUUGUGUACAUAUUUCCUGUAUUUUCUUUUUAUAUCUUAAUAAAGAGACCAAAAAAGGGAUGGUCAUUAAAAUUUUGCUAAAACAACAAAUCUUAUGGUGGCCUAAGACAGUACUGUAUAUAUAUAGAGGUACUGUGUAUGUAUGUAACUAUGUAUAUACAGUAUAUGAUAUAGCUCUUUGCAGUCAAACAUUUUGUCAUAUUCCAUGUCUUUUAACCCUUAUAACUUUUUUUAAUAUUUCUAUAACUAAUUUUUAUCAGAUAGCGUAACUGUUAUUUUAAAUGUAUUUAUGUUGUGUUUAGUGCAACUCUUUUUCUACACACUACCUUUUACGCAAGGGUUUCAGUCACGCUAUCCUGACGAACGUAAAAAGCAAUUGUGCUCUUGUGAUCACAUUUACUUUCAACUUGUAAUACGCCACACGUAAAAACCUAUUAUUGAUUGCGCACAACAGUUAGCACGCCACUUGUAAUCUAGCCCACAAUUGGACUAAAAGAGGCUGCUUCUAGGUGGUAACUUGCAAUAGAACUGUUCAUUCUGGUAGACUGCUUCUCUUUCUGUGUGCAUCGAUGAGAAUAUUUUAAAUUCAAAUGUAGAAAUCCAGCUGAUCUGCUCCUUAAAUAAAACUAAAUCUUUAUUGAUGUCAGAGUAAAAAUAACUUCUUAAUAAAACACAAGGCAUGACUGAUACACUGCCAUGCCUUGUGUUUCCCAAGACAAACAUGAUAAAUUUAGAGACCAUCCUGGAGUCAUUUAAUGAUCAUCAAACUACUUUAGAAGUCAUUUGCACAUUAUCAGACAUCAUCAGGCUUGUAAAGUCAUCAGCUAGGGUAAAAAAUUGUGGGUGAUGACUUCAGAAUGAUUAGCAGAUUACCUUACUGAUUACUUCACAAGCAUGAAUAGCGAAUGACUCUAGAGUCAUCUCAUUUAAAUAUUUUGGCCUGUGGGCAGACUUCAGUAUGGCUUCUGAUGACUAGUCUGGAAUCAUUGAUUACUUCAGAAUGACUCCAGGAAGAUCAUCCUUUGUGGCUAGGGUUAUUAUGAAAAUGUCUUUACUCUGAUGACAAAAAAAAAAUAAAGUUUUAUUUAAAGAGCGGAUCAGUUGGUUUUCUACAUUUGUACUUUAAUGUUUGCUGCACCAGUGAGCUGUAUCCUGCUCUUGAAAACUCAGGCAUCAGCGCCACAAGUUUAGACUGUGACCAUGUGAUCUUGAAGGAUGGGCUGAAAAUGGGGGUAGUUUCUGGGAGGAGUACACGACCGAGACGUAUCCACUCACUUUUGGUGGGCUAAGAGCUUGAAGAGAAGUUCAGUCACUGUUUGGAAGGAGUGAUUCAGAGGUGUCUGCAAAGGUUGAUCUACACCCAGCAGGCAGCAGUCACGGAUGAGAUUGGUGCUCAUAUAACACCGCAAAUCAGGGGAACAAUGUAAAAUAAAUAGUAAGUAAGCGUGUGUUGGCUUAUGAUUUGUUACUUGUUUUAUAGAGCUGUAACUGUGAUUGUUUUGUUAGAGUGUAAGAGUGACAGCCUUUAAACUACCCUACACAUUGUGCCCAAAAAUUACACUAAAAAGAGUUGUUGUUUUUUAACUUUUGUACUUGAAACAAUAAAAUACCAAAUAUUACAA